AUGGAUGAACCGAAAGAAGUAGAUGUUGGAGAUGGAGCUCCCGCCACAGCGUCACAAGACGAGAAAAAGAAUGCCAAAAAUAAGAAGAAGCCUGCCAAGAAAGACCCCAAAAAGGAUGCCAAACCUACCAAGGAGGCUAUUCGAGCUGAAAAAGUUUCCAAACAUGUAGCAAAACUGAAAGAGGAACUUGCUCGUCGAAAAGCAGAGGAAGAACGCAUCCACAGAAGAAAGGCUUUCGAGCUUGCUCAGGCAAGAGGACUUGAUCUGAACGCUCUGCGGCCAGAAACCAAGAGACCGAACUACUCAAAGAAGAAAAAUAAGUCUCAAGUGCCGAACGCGACCGCGGAAAGUGAAGUCGGCGAUACGGCUGUUGCUGAACCUCAGGAGGUAGAAUCACCCAAAGUCGAUGUUUUAGAUGAUUGGAUUGACCUCACUCGUGAGUUAACUGACGUCGAACAGAAGGUUGAUGAAGAAGGUGAAGCCAAUGAUCUUGUGAGUGAGGAAUCAGAGGACGCUAACGAAGAAAUUUCAGUCGAUGUUGACGAUUCUUCUCUACUUGAUGCGGCCUCCGCCUGGAAACUCAGAGAGCAACAACUUUCAGAAGAAGAGAAACAGAGACUCAUUGAAGAGGCUAAGGCUCGUAUGGAGGAACGUCACCGAAAAUUUGAAAUGGCUGCAGACGAAAAGAAACGACUCCGAGCAGGUGUUAUUUGUGUCCUUGGGCAUGUUGAUACCGGCAAGACUAAAAUCCUCGAUAAACUGCGCAACACGAAUGUGCAGAACCGAGAAGCUGGUGGUAUAACGCAACAGAUUGGUGCUACUAACGUACCUCGCGAAAACAUCGUAUCUGCAACGAGUAUGUGCAAGUACUUCAACACUAAGGAGUUGGACCUGCCAGGAUUGUUGAUUAUCGAUACACCCGGCCACGAGUCCUUCUCGAAUCUGCGAGUUCGUGGUUCUUCCCUAUGUGACUUCGCAAUUCUCGUAGUCGAUUUGAUGCACAGCCUUGAAGAGCAGACCAAGGAGUCAAUUAGAAUUCUUCGUAAUCGAAAGGCGCCUUUCGUGGUCGCACUUAAUAAAAUUGACAGACUUUAUGAAUGGAAGUCGGACCCCAACAAAUCUAUAGAAGAGACAAUGGCUAUGCAAAGCGAUGUUGUGCAUGAUUUCGCACAGUUGGAGAUUAAUGCGGAACUCUUCUAUAAGAACAAAAAUCCAGACGAAUACAUAAGUAUGGUGCCAACUUCGGCUCAUACAGGCGACGGCAUGGGCGAUCUUUUAGCGUUCAUUUGCCAGACUAUGCAACAAAGACUACGGAAACGUCUGACAUUCUCCGAGGAGCUUAAAGCGUCCGUAAUGGAGGUCAAGGAGACAGUUGGCUUGGGCACCAGCCUGGACGUUAUUGUCGUCAAUGGUCGUAUUCGGGAAGGCGAUACCAUCGUGUUGGCUGGCCAGGAAGGGCCGAUCGUCACCACUGUGCGUGGUAUCCUCUUUCCUGCCCCGAUGUCCGAACUUCGCGUCAAGGGCACUUACGAACACUUGAAGGAGGUUACUGGUGCUCAGGGUGUAAAGGUGAUCGCCAAAGACCUGGAGAAAGCCUUGGCCGGGCUUCCCCUGUACGUUGCGGAGGAUGCAGCGGAUGAACUUUAUUACAAGGAUGAGGUUAGCCGCGGUCUGCACGACGCUCUAAAGGCCAUUUCCGUUUCGCCAGUGGGUGUUUAUGUCGUGGCGAGCACCCUGGGCUCCCUAGAAUCUCUCCUUGUCUACUUGAAGUCCGUCAAUAUACCCGUGAGUUGGUUUUCGUCCUCUUAUCUGCUUACUUGCCCUUGA